UGGUAGGAAACAUUGCGUAGACAUCGCCAAAAUAAUUGAUAAUCCAGAUCAUAUUACACCACUAUAUAUUGAGAGAGUGCAUUAUGCUUCAAACAUCACAAACUCCUUCCUUCAUUCAUCAAUUCAAUUCUAAGCCUUAUUUCCACCAACAAAAAACAAUGGCUCUUCACCAUGGCCGCUCUCUUAGCUUCCCUUCUUCAUCACAUCCUGCCCUUUCUCACUUCGAUGAGAACAUAUCCAGAUUGAGAUCUUCGGAAGCUGCUUGCUCCUCGCUCUCAUCAAUCAACGCCACAAUAAACAGCCUCAAAAACUUAUACGAGAGCAUUGAUGAUUUGCUGCUCUUGCCUCACAUUCAACAGAUUGUUUCUGAGGAAUCUGUCGAUGAUUACAUCAGCCUAUUGGAUGCUUGCAGCACAGUUAAAGAUCUCGUCUCUCUUGCAAAGCAAGAUUUACGAGAUCUUCUCUCUGCAGUAAGGAGAAAGGAUGCUAAAGGCAUCAAUGGCUACCUUGCUUCCAGAAAAAGGUCGAAGAAAAUGAUCCAAAAGUGUUUGAAGAAGUUGAGACGUAGCAGCGCCUCAACCACUUCUGAGAAUGUUUCCAUGUUGAAAGAUGCAGAGUCCGUUGCCAUUUCCCUGCUCGAGUCUCUCUUAUCUUACACGUUGGGAACGAAGAUGCAAGAGACGAAGAGCAGCUGGUCGUUGGUAUCAAAACUGAUACAAUCCAAGAAAGCAUCAGACGACGAGAAUGAGUUCAACAAGGUGGAUUCACUCCUGCAAGUGAACCAAGAAAACGAGCUCGUGAAUCACUUGAAAGAGAUGGACUCGAGCAUUCAAGUUCUUGAAGAAGAACUUGAAUCAGUAUUCAGGCAGCUGAUCAAGACCAGAGUUUCCCUUCUCAACAUUCUCAACCACUAGCUUUCAAACUCAUCUUGAGAUUGAAAAUUUUGUAACUAUACAUGAAUGAUGAAAAUAUACUUGUAUAUAUCAAAUUGAUCCACAAGGAUCAUUACAAUACAAUUAUCAGAAUAUUUCUGCUACAUUCUUGUUCAAUA